CCUUUGCCCCGCCGCCGGGGACGGUGGCCGGCAGGCGCUGGGGGGGGCAGGGGUCGGCCAUGGAGCAAGGGGAGGCCGCUCCGCCGGCGGCUGAGGAGAAGGGUGGGGAGGAGGAGGAUGAUUUCGGCUACCGACUCUUCCCGGACCGGAACAAGAAGCCGCAGAGCUUCCUGGUCCGCAGCCUCUUCACCUUCCACAACAGGUGCCAGCUGAUGCUGAGGAUGACUCUGGACACGAAUCCAUAUGCUCAACUACUUCUUGAGGCUAUGAAGCAGUCUGGUUGCACUGUCUUCAAUGACCGGCACUUUUCUUGUGAAGACUGUGAUGGCUGUGUCAGUGGAGGUUUUGAUUCUGCCACAUCUCAGAUUGUUCUGUGUCAGAACAACAUUCGCCACCAAUCCCAUAUGAACCGGGUGGUCACACAUGAAUUGAUUCAUGCUUUUGAUCACUGCCGUGCACAUGUUGACUGGUUUAAAAAUGUCAAACACUUAGCAUGUUCAGAGAUUCGAGCUGCUAAUCUCAGUGGAGACUGUACACUGAUGAAUGAAUUAUCCAGGUUUAAAUUUGGAUUAAAAGGACACCAUCAGACUUGUGUACGAGAGAGAGCGAUUCGUUCCAUUCUGGCUGUUAGAAAAGUUAGCAAAGAAACGGCAGAAAAAGCUGUGGAUGAAGUUUUUGAUGCCUGCUUCAAUGAUCUGGAACCUUUUGGAAGAAUCCCACACAGUAAAACAGAUGCAAAACGUGCCUAUAAAGACUUUCAGAACAGAGAUCGCUAUAAUGCUAAUUUGUAAAGGAAAAAAAUGUGAAAGAUUAUGUUAAUAUCUGAUUAUUCUAUAACAGCUGGAGUUACAAUCUAUGUGCACAGUGCUGGUGGAAAGGGCAAUUCUCUCAAAUGUAUCAAUUAAUUUUGUAUACUUUUUCCAGGAGCCAACUUCCAUGGAAGUAAACGAAGUAAAUGAACAAGACAAAAAAUUGCUUCCUCACCCGUUAUUCCAGCAAGACAAUUUAGUACACCAAAUGACUUGUCAAAUAAUGAUCUGCACAUUUCAAUGCACAUUUAAUUCUGCUCAGUCUGACUAGGGCUUGGUUUCUAAAAGUUUUCUUGUUACUGAAUAAAUCUUUUCAUAAAACCUUUACAUUUCUACCAUCUGUGAUACACAGUCAUAAACGUGAUGAUAUUCAUCACUCCAUUUUAAAAGAUGGGCACCUGAACUAAAGCUCUUGGGUCCACAUUUAAAAACUAUGGCUAAACCCAAAAUUUAAUAAACCGCCACAUUUUUGAGCACCUCCUGAAAUUCUUGGAAUCCCAGCUCAUCUAACGUUAACUUUACAGGUAAAUAAAAGCCUUUGGCUUUUUAGGAAUUUGACUGACAAUUCUGCUUGCCAAAUCAAACCCACAAGCUAGAUAAGCAUUGGUGAGACUCUCUCCAGCAGGCUGAGCUUUGCUCAAAGUGUUGGUGUAGCUUAUGGUGUUCCUGUCCUUGUUAGGUAAGUCUAUCUGAAGAAAGCAAGAAGCUGUUAGCUUCAUCCUAAAUCUGAGAGAAGCUGUCUCAUUCCUCCAUUAUUUCCAAAUAUAAGGUAUUAUAAUCAUUGACAUGGAUGCAAGAGAACCACGUUUUCUUCUCUCUCUUGAAAUCAAAGAUGGAAUUCAACCACAGGUGUGGUUCACUGAUGUAAUGGAGAUAUGGAUCCCCAGUCAAAGGUUUGUAGGCAUAGCUGCUGUGACAGUUACUCAAGACUCAAGUGUGAGUGCAACCACACUGCAGAGAGCAGGGUCAACUAAAGCAUGUUGCUGAGGACUGUGUCUAGUUGGGAUUUGAAUAUCUCCAAGGGCAGAGACUCUACAACCUCUCAGGAUAACCUGUUCCAGUGUUUGAUCGGCCUUGCAGGUUUGUCUGGGUUUUUUUCCUCCUUGUGUAUUUCCUGCCAAUUUCCUCUUGUCCUUUCUUUGGGCACCACUGAGAAGACUGACUCAGUCUUCUCUACUUCCACCCUUGCCCCAUCAGGUAAGAUCUUCCUGAACUUUCUCUUCUCCAGGCUGAAGGGUCACAGCUUGUGGUCUCUUUGUAGGUCAGGUGUUCCAAUCCAUUUAUCAUCUUCACGGCAGUUUGCUGGACUUGCUCUGCUACGUCUGUGUCUCUCUUGUACUAGGAAGCCCAGACUGGACCCAGCACUCCAGAUGUCUCAGUGCUGAGCAGAGCGGAAAAUCACCUGUUGGCCUUAUUUGCUGCAAGGCUGUGUUGCUUGCAUAAAAAUUGGUGUCCACCAGCACUGUCGGGGCCUUUUCUGUCCUGUUGAAGUCUCUGAAUGGCAGCACAAAUCUCUGGUGUAUCAACCACUUCCCUUGGUGUUGUAAUGGCUGUAAACUUUCAGAAGUUGUGCUACUCCUGUCUUCCAGGUUGUUAAUGAAGAUGUUAAACAGCAUUGGCCCUGAUACCAAUACCUGGAGCACCCCGGCAGUGUCUGGCCUUAGACUUAGACGUGCACCAGAUGUGGUUAAAGAAUCAACAUGGACUUGGGAACAUCUUAUCUUGAUAGUUUGCAUACAUGCACUCUCGAGAUUUGAAAGGUUUGAAAGUAUCAGUAUGACAAGAAUCUGAGAUUCUUGUUUGAGAUCUUAAACUCUUGUACCACCUUGGUGUAUUUUACUCACAUGCUCAAGGAUAAACUAAUCAGCAAAUUUGGGAUCAGAAAGGAAUAUUUCCCAUGAUUAAUCUCAUAGGGAUGACUGCUAUUUCUGUUGAGCAGCUGGACGCUAUUUCGUGCAUUUCAGGCACUAGUAGACAUCUUUACAUCUGCAGCUUCUGACCAGAGUCUCCUGUGUGACAAGUCCGGUGCUGAGCUGAGCCAUGACAGUGGUGAGACUGGGUGACUCUGGUCCUUGGAAAUGAGAUCUGAAGCAGGCAAUUACAUCUGUGCAGUACGGGCUACCCAGUACGCCAGGGUGUUAGCAGGGCGUUAGGCUUUCUGAGCCUGCAGUGGCCAGUGAGAAAGGCAGACCUGGAAGGAGCAGCCAUCUGAAUUGCCCAAGAAUUUCAUGUUAUACAAUGGUCCUUCUUGUUGUGGGGAUGAAGCUCAUUGGUGUGACCUCGAAUGCUUUCUCUUUCCCGACUCUGGCACAUCCCAGCUGGGAUGUUGGCCUUUUUACUCUAGGUCUAACAUUUGUCAGCAAUGGAAAAGCUUUUAUGACUUGAGCCCUUUAUGCCCUGAGUUGCUGCUCAUGUUCUGGUUGUCGCUGGUGGUGGAGGACUGGGUAUGAUGAUCAGCGUUGCCUUCUCCUGUUCUGUGUCCCUGUAUAUUUUGUGACAACGUGACUGUCAGUGUAGGAAGCUUUUUCAGGCAAUAAAUAACUGUGAGGUCUGGCUGCGGUGGGGCAGUGGGCUCCCUGGUGACACUUGAGCAGGAAUGAGGCACUGAAUUGCUCAGGGAAGGGAAGGUCAGGACACACACAAAUUUCAAGUGGCUGACAGGUUCUAAAGCUGGAAGGGGAAGGUCCUCCUAAGUACCUCCAGAACUAGGUGGGCUCUUGUUUGACUGCAGCUUUGGGGUCCUGCAAUCCACCUAUUUAUUUCACAUGCCUGCAACGUUUUGGAUCUCACCAUUAUUCUGUAAUCUCCUGAGAAGAAUUCAAUCAUGUAAUUAUUCUCAUGCCCAAUGUGCCUGCUCCUCGGGUGUCACUCAAGAACAAGCUGCAUGAAGAAGGUGAUAGCAAAGACAGCCUCUUCCCCUGUCCCCUGAACAGAGCCGUCAGUGUGUCACCAUUUCCUGAACGGCAGCAAACGCUUUGAAAAUGUUCAAAUGUAAGCACUGUCCUCACAAAGGACAAUGCAACGCAUCCAAGCCGUGCCUGAGAGAUCUGAUCAGGCCUGACUUGUCUGAGUUGUUCUGUUCAUACCAUCAUUUAGGUUGGAAAAGACCCUUAAAAUCAUCGAGUCCAACUGUAAAGCUAGCGCUGCCAAGUCCAUCCCUAAGCCAUGUCCCUAAUGGUCAUGUCUGCCCAUCUAAAUACUGCCAGGGAUGGUGACUCAACCACUUCCCUGGGCAGCCUGUUCCAAUGCUUGAUAACUGUUUCAGUGAAGAAAUUUUUCCUAAUACCCAGUCUUGAUGUUGGACUAUGACUAUUCCCAGGUGUAGCAUAAUUCAUACCCACAGGUACCUUUGCUUCUGGAGCUUGAUGCAGAUCCCUCAGAAAAUCAUCCUAGUUGUCUUGGAGGAAGUAGCGUCUUAGCCAAGAUUCCCCAAACCUGCACUUUCAGUAGUUUUGCAGAAUUUCAAAUGGAGAUUUCAUAAUCUUAUUUUCUUGGAGUAAUUCCAUCAGUGACUGACAUAAUCGUAUGGCUGAAUAUCUGAAGAGAAAAAAAAUGAUAUAAUACCCUACAUACCUAUGGAGAAAAUUACACAUCGAGUUCUAAGCUUCCCAUCUUUGAUGUAAUUUAGAUAGACCUUCUGGGUUUUCUAAAAUCCCCUGAGGAUCAGAGAUGCCUUGGAACAGCAUAAUCUUGUCUGUUAAUAUUCCCUUAACCUUUACUGCUUUUCAAAUCCCCAUUUUAGUCAGUAUGAUGUAUGAGGCUCAGUUUUUUAUAAUACUUCUCACACAUAUUCUGGCAGAUAAUUCCUUCUCUUCAUUUUACCUUAUUAACCAAGGUUCUGCUUUAAUGGAUGUGUAUGUGUUUGUGUGGUUUGCAUUUAUAUUGCAUUUUGACCAAUGUAUUGUUUGACUAUAUACAGUUGCCUGUUAUCUGGGGUAAGCUUUGUCAAGUCUAUUUAGAAAUGGAAAAUAUGUCAAUAAAGACUAGAA